AUGACUGUAAUGUUUUCACGCCCCGGCAAGUCACACAAUUUAUCAAUGGGAAUCGUUGGAUUGCCUAAUGUAGGAAAGAGCACGCUGUUUAACGCCCUAACAAAAAGAUCUGUUCCAGCUGCGAACUAUCCUUUCUGCACAAUUACACCCGAGGAAGGACGCAUCGAGAUUCCCGAUGAAAGAUUUGACUAUUUGGUCAAUUUAUACAAACCGAAAAGCGUGGUGCCAGCCUAUUUGAGUAUUAUUGAUAUUGCAGGCCUCAUAAAGGGUGCCAGCCAAGGGCUUGGUCUAGGAAACGAAUUUUUGGAGAACAUACGACGGACAGAUGGUAUAUUCCAAGUGGUGCGUUGCUUUGAGGAUGAAAAUAUAGUGCAUGUUGACGAGGACAUAGACCCACUAAGGGAUGUUAAAACUAUAAAAGACGAACUGCGGCUAAAAGAUCUGCAGAUCAUCACGAAGCGGAUAGAAAAACAGAAGAGAGAAACGGUUGUGGAUGCUAAAAAAAAGAAGUUUGAAACACAAACGCUUGACAAGCUUAGGGAAAUUCUCGAAAUAAAAUGGACCAACGAAGCGGAGUGGACACCAGAUGAGGUCGAGUAUCUCAACACGCUAAACCUGCUGACAACAAAAGAAGUUGUAUAUUUAGCUAAUAUAUCAGAGGAUGAGUAUGACAACAAGCUUGUCAAUAAGCAUUUGCGAGCUCUUAUCAAAGCGGAGCGGAACGUUUUCCCUUUCAGCGCGACAAAUUUAAGCGAUGCUUUUGUCAGGAAGUUGCUUUGGAAAGGGUACGAGGCGCUAAAAUUAAUCAAUUUUUUUACUGCGGGUGCGCCAGAGGUUAAAUCAUGGACCGUGCGUGAGGGAACCAAAGCGCCACAGGCCGCUGCUGUGAUUCACUCUGAUUUUGAAAAAAACUUCAUAAUGGCCGAGGUUAUGGAGUACAAUGAUAUUAAAUUGCACGGGAAUGAGCAGGGAGUUAAGAAGGCCGGAAGAUAUCUUCACAAGGGACGCGAUUAUGUGGUGCAGGAUGGUAACAUAAUUUUAUUUAAAAUCAACAGAAUAGCUAAAAAAUAAAGGACGCCGAUUUGUUUAGUGCCAUCUGUUCUGUAAAAGUUGUUUUGGUCAAAAAUUUUGUCUGAUUAGUCAGGCAGCGGGUUUUGGCUGUUUAUCUCUGU